GACGGCCAUUUGUAGCGGCGCUGGAGGCUGGUGCGGCAGGCGCUGCGGAGACGUGUGCACUCGCGCGCCCCUCGGUCGCUGCUGCCCCGAGCCCCUGCGGUCACCCCGCUCCUCCGCGCCUCGGGCGGGACUCGGCCAGCCGGGGCGCCGCGCUGCCGCCCGCGCCGGCCUUCCCAGCAGCUCCGGGCGCCCGGGACCCCCGCCCGCCCGCUCGCCCGCAGCCCGCCGGCCGCACACGUCCCCGGAGCCGGGCCUAGGGCGGGCGGCGGCUCGGCGUGGCCGGGCUGGGCUCGGCGGCGUCCCCAUGGCCGCGGCCGGCUGGCGGGACGGCUCAGGCCAGGAGAAGUACCGGCUCGUGGUGGUCGGCGGAGGCGGCGUGGGCAAGUCGGCGCUCACCAUCCAGUUCAUCCAGAAUCAUCUUCCAAUUGAUGACAUCCUAGAGUCAACAGAAGAUGGUAUUCCUUUUUUUCUCUGGCCUCCUACAUGACAUCCUAUUUUGUGACGGAUUAUGAUCCAACCAUCGAGGAUUCCUACACAAAGCAGUGCGUGAUAGAUGACAGAGCAGCCCGGCUAGAUAUUCUAGAUACAGCAGGACAAGAAGAGUUUGGAGCUAUGAGAGAACAGUAUAUGCGAACUGGCGAGGGUUUCCUGUUGGUCUUUUCAGUCACAGAUAGAGGCAGUUUUGAAGAGAUCUAUAAGUUUCAAAGACAGAUUCUCAGAGUAAAGGAUCGUGAUGAGUUUCCAAUGAUUUUAAUUGGUAACAAAGCAGAUCUGGAUCACCAGAGACAGGUAACACAGGAAGAAGGACAGCAGUUAGCACGACAACUGAAGGUGACUUAUAUGGAGGCAUCUGCAAAGAUUAGGAUGAAUGUAGAUCAAGCUUUCCAUGAACUUGUCCGGGUUAUAAGGAAAUUUCAGGAGCAGGAAUGUCCUCCUUCACCAGAACCAACGCGGAAAGAAAAAGACAAGAAAGGCUGCCAUUGUGUCAUUUUCUAAGAAUCCCUUGAGUUAUAGCUACCAACUGCCAGGAAAGCCCUCACCUUCUCUCCGUAUGGUGACGUCACGGUGGUACCUUUCUAGCCUUAGGCAAGUGAACACGGUGGUGGCCUCUGACCAAGAAGUUGGCUGACCCUUUCUGUGAGGCUGACCCCAUCGUCGUUUCAAGACAGAUGGAAAGGAAACACUAAGGCUGCUUCAAAAGUUGUCUGAUUAUUUCAAAAGAGAUAACUGUGUAAACAGACACAUUCUUUUUUAAGGGCUUACAUUUUACUAGGGAUGAAUCAGAUUUGGAACCUAAGCUGUUUGCCAAGCUGAAAUCAUAGGUUUUGAAAUAACUUUUAACUUCUGGAAUCAUAUUGCCUACUGUUAACCUAAAUAGAAAUAUAGGGAGUUUUUUUUAAAUGUGAAUUUUUGCCUAUCUCUAAAACUUUUUAUGUCACCUUUAGUUACCGUAAAUACACUGAAUUGAAUCCUCAAAAGUGAGACAUCUCAGACCUUUACUGAUGUUACAGCCUUUGUUUUCCAGUGGCCAAAAUACCAAAAUGCCUAUUGUAUUUAUAAAUUAAAAACUGCUUUAAAAGCCUUUAUAUUACUCCUGUUCUUAAAGGUGAUAAUAUUCUGUGUGGCCAAAUAUUUGAACUCAUUCUGGACUUAGGCAUUUCAAUGGUCUUGGUUUCCUAAUUUCACUCUUUUCACAACCAUGUUCAGAGUAAGAAUAAAGAAUUUAUGUCUGUCUUCCUUUGUAAGUGUUUCUGGAUAAGGGGGUUCAAAAAAAACUAAAACUGUUUUUGUUUGUAAUAUAAAAUAUGGAAUUGAUCUUUCCAGGGUCAGAGAUGAUUAAUGUUUUUGCUAUAUACUUUUAUACAUUAUUUUCUUAUCAAACUAGUUAACAAGUAUUUUUAUAUGUUUGUAAGCAACUAUGCUUUCACAGCAUACCUUGUGCAUAUGUAAAGAUAAGUAUUUAAUUCUCACUGUUCACUUUUAACUGACAAAGAAAAAAAAAGUGACAACUACAGGAACUGUGGUGGAACUUGACCUGCUCUUCUGGUCCUGGUUGUGGCAAUCUUUGGCCAGUCACGUAGCUCCCCAAGAAACCCGCCCAGCAGAGUACAACAAGAGGAGGAUCUGAAACCGCCCUCAGCGUCCCGCUAGAUAUUGACCGUGUAUCCGGUAGUACCUGUAAACCUUUAAAUUGACAAUUACCAUAACGUGGAUGGCUCCUGAUUUCGUUUUUAAUUCUGUGGAUUGUGUUUAAACAAUUCAAAAGUCUGUUCCUGAUUUUGAGAUACUAAGUGGUAUUGCACAGUUGUCACUUUAUUGAAUGUGUACAACAGUCCCAGGAGGUUUAUAAUUCGUGCCCUUGUAUAGAUUCAGGUGCUGGAAUUAAAAUUGAUCUGUUAUCACAA